AUGCCUAAAGAGAAUCACUCCUUGACAACUGAGUUUAUCCUCAUGGGAUUUACAGACCACCCAGAGCUGAAGACCCUUCUGUUUGUGGUGUUUCUUGCCAUCUAUCUGAUCACCAUGGUGGGGAAUCUUGGUUUGGUGGUGUUGAUUCACAUGGAACGCCGUCUUCACUCACCAAUGUACAUCUUUCUGGGCAACCUGGCUCUGAUGGAUUCCUGCUGUUCCUGUGCCAUCACCCCCAAGAUGUUAGAGAACUUCUUUUCUGAGGACAGAAGGAUUUCUCUCUAUGAAUGUAUGGUGCAAUUUUAUUUUCUGUGUCUUGCUGAAACUGCAGACUGCUUUCUUCUGGCGGCAAUGGCUUAUGAUCGCUAUGUGGCCAUAUGCAGCCCUCUGCAGUACCACACCAUGAUGUCCAAGAAACUCUGCAUGCAGAUGUCUGUUGGGACCUUCAUAGCUAGUAACCUGCAUUCCAUGAUUCAUAUGGGCCUUCUAUUAAGGUUAACUUUUUGCAGGUCUAAUCAAAUUGACCACUUUUUCUGUGAUAUUCUUCCACUGUAUAGACUCUCCUGUACAGACCCUUACAUCAAUGAAAUCAUGAUAUAUAUUUUUUCAAUGCCAAUUCAAAUGUUUACCAUUGCCACUGUCUUGACCUCUUAUCUCUGCAUCCUUUUCACUAUUUUCAAAAUGAAAUCCAAGGAGGGAAGGGGUAAAGCAUUUUCUACUUGUGCAGCUCACUUUCUAUCUGUCUCAAUAUUCUACUUUUGUCUUCUCAUGUACAUUAGGCCAUUUGAAGAAGGGGAUAAAGAUAUACCAGUGGCAAUAUUUUAUACAAUAGUAAUUCCAUUAUUAAACCCUUUUAUUUAUAGCCUUAGAAAUAAGGAGGUGAUAAAUGUUCUGAAAAAAAUUAUGCGUAAUUAUAAUAUUGUUAAACAAACUUCAUCCUCUAUAGCAAAUUGA